AUGCACAUGCCUGCAAAGAUACAAGAAGCCAUGCAAAUGCAGGCUGCAAUAAAUAAGGCAGAAGGAGAAAAAAGGGCCGCAGUACUUGCCUCAGAAGCUAAGGAAACAGAACAGGUGAUUUCGUACUAA